UGUAUAGGUUGUGGUGUCAGUGUAACAAGGCUAAAGAACAACAUGGUGUCUGUGAUCGUAUUAGCCGGCUUUGUGGCAUUCGCUUCUGCCUCGACGUUAGGUCCGUGCUAUUAUGAUGGCCAUGAGUACGCGGUCAAUGAGACGAUCACGAUCCCCCACUGCCUCGCCACGAUGACCUGCCUCGGAGAUAACAACUACGGGAACGUCGUCUCCCUAGGAGGCGUGUGUCCGGACAAAAGGGAGACCGAUGGUCAGAGCGGGUGUUUGUAUGAUGGGACCGUGUAUGGAGUGGGGGACAAGAUCAUCAUCCAGCCAUGUCUCGCUGAAAUGACCUGCCUGGGCAAUAACGUCUUAAGUGACCCCGUCGCUGUCAGUGAUUCCUGCUAGACCACAAGAGCAACAACGCCGACAUUUGUUGUUUGCAUUUGUAUUUAUUUUAAUUAUAUUCACUAACAAUAUUGUAGAAUAAAUAACAACAUUAUACACAA